GUCUGUAUGUAGAGAGAAACGCAGAGCGCGCGCUCCAGGUUGGCGCAGGCACCGGUCAGGGAGAACGGAUCGUUGUGCAAGGUGGCAGCAUGGCUUCUUCUCACGGGAGAAGCGACCUGCGGUUCGCAGACUGGAUGGCAAGUUUACCGCAGAGCAUGCACACUAUCCCGCUCACCAACCUGGCCAUUCCCGGAUCCCACGAUUCCUUCAGUUUUUACAUCGAUGAGGCAUCUCCAGUGGGCCCCGAGCAGCCAGAGACGGUGCAAAACUUUGUUUCUGUUUUUGGCACGGUGGCCAAGAAGCUAAUGAGGAAGUGGUUGGCUACACAGACUAUGAACUUCAUGAGCCAACUGGAGGCUGGGAUCCGCUUCUUUGACCUACGCAUCUCUACCAAGCCCCGUGACCCUGAAAAUGAGCUGUACUUCGCCCACGGGCUCUUCAGUGCCACGGUCAGAGAAGGCCUAGAGCAGAUCAGUAGUUUCCUGUCAGCUCAUGCCAGAGAGGUGGUCUUCCUGGAUUUCAACCACUUCUACGGCAUGCAGAACCUGCACCAUGAAAAACUGGUGACCAUGUUAAAGGAAGUGUUUGGAGAGAAACUCUGCCCAGUUGUUUUUGCUCAGGAGGUGACUCUGCAAUAUCUGUGGGAGAAGGAGUACCAGGUGCUUGUCUUCUAUCACCAUCCCAUGGCCCUGGAGGUGCCCUUCCUCUGGCCAGGCCAGAUGAUGCCUGCUCCCUGGGCCAACACCACUGACCCAGAGAAGCUGAUUCAGUUUCUGCAGGCAUCAAUCACUGACCGCAGGAGGAAGGGGACAUUCUUUGUCUCCCAGGUGGUUCUGACACCAAAAGCCAGCACUGUGAUGAAGGGUGUGGCUAGUGGACUGAGAGAGACAAUCACAGAAAGGGCUUUACCAGGUAUGAUGCAGUGGAUCAGAUCUCAAAGACCCGGGGAGAGUGGCAUCAACAUCAUCACAGCUGAUUUUGUGGAGCUCGGAGAAUUCAUCAGUGCCGUCAUCACCCUCAAUUAUCACCUGGAUGAUGAUGACGACGACGCAACCUGAGAACCCGCAGUGGGAGUCAAGGAGUGCAGUCACUGCCACUGAUGCUAGUGGUUGGGUCUGUGCUCUCACUUUAUUCUCUUUGGCAUUUAUUUCAGGAGGGGGAGCUAAGCUGCUCCUUUCACUUUAUUUAGGGCUAUAGUGAGAUGAGAGGUCAAGUGGAAAAAAGGGGAUUGAGGAAUUACAAGUUCGGCGUGGUAGACAAAACACUGAUGUUUGGCUGGAGCACUUUGAGAAUGAAGUUUUGUUUUGUUUGUGUCCAAUUUUAGGGGAUCCAAAAGAUCUUUGACUUUUUUUUUCCAAGUAAAAUGUUUAUUUUCUUUAUUCCCUAUGCUGUAAAAAUCCCUGCUUUUUCCACUGAUCAAAUGCACUGUUUUCCUGGCUUACCACUUCAUCAAGGGUAGGUUCCUCUGAGCAUAUCAGCCUUCUGCUAAAUGUAUUGGUACAUCAAUCGUGGUAUUCUAGUAACAGUGACAGUUUUUUCAGAGGCUGUUUAUAAUAAGUCUGUGUAUCUCAAAUUUUAGGCUGGUGUAAGUAUCUAGCAGUUGUAUGUCUUGUUUGGAAAAUCUGUCCAAGUAAAUUCUUUCUUUUUUGUUUUUAACAAUAUGCAUCUUUGGUCAGAUCACUGCGGGUGUUUCUGAAAACGCCUCCAGCAGCUUGAAUACAGAGUGUGAUUAAAAAGUGUUGUUCCAAUGUGUUUAUUCAAUACAUAGACAAAAAAUUAACUGUUUCCAUUUCUUUCUGAAGCAGUAGUCUCUCGUGGGAUUUUUCACUCACUAAGUCUCCACUGAAGCCAGCUUGCAGCAAAGACAUUUAUUAGACACCUGUGUAAUAUAAAACUAUUAAUUGAUUGAUUGAAAUCCUUCAUGCAGUAAUUCAACACCAUAUUGCAAGAGGGAGUGAGAGUGCAGCUUGACUGGCCGACAAAAUGUUCCAAUCAUGUAAGAUGUAUUCACAGCAGUCUCUUGUGCAUAAGCACUAAAACAGUAAUUUUCGCAUUAUCUGUUUGACUCAUAUUUCAAGACAAGCAUCAGUUCUCACUGUUGGAAAUGAAGUUGAUGAAACAAGUCAUUUCUAAUGGUUAGGCAUCCAGCAUGACAUAUUUUUUGUAUUCCAUCGUGGGUGUUGAGUCGUGAUAGCCAAGUAUAAAAAUACAGUAUAUCUGGGUACCACCGUCUGCAUUUCCUGUGCUUGCUGUUUGCCCCCCGUCUGCCUAUCCUUAUAUAUAUAUAUAUAUAUAUAUAUAUAUAUAUAUAUAUAUAUAUAUAUAUAUAUAUAUAUAUAUGACAUAUAUAUGUCUAUAUAUGUCAUGUCUUUCAUUACAGCAGGUGAUAAAACUGCUUCACAGCCACUCAGAGACUUAUUUUACUUUGCGUUAAAAAUAAACAAAAGUCAGGGGCUCCUGAUUUGGCAUCAGUGUUUUGUCACUACGAAAAUAAUACAAUAUAUGUUGAGUUAAGAUAUAGCUGUAACUCUUUAGUAUCUUCAUGUGUUUCAUGUUUAAGAAUCCCUGAAUUUCUGCUCUAUCAGUGCUAGUGCAAUACAUUCAUUUCUUAUUUACAUUUGCUGCAUUUCAUUCUUUCGCUACCCAGGUUUCAUGGAAAGUACACAGAAAUGACAUCCAAAAAGACAAUGGAAACAUCAUCUAUUGCAAGAUUUUAUACAUUAUGCAUGAAAAAAAAAAAAAACACAUACUAGUCAAAUAUCCACACACCUCAUGUGUGGCAUUUUCUGUAAAGAAUGUAUUCUGCCAGGACAGUGUUAAGAAGUUCAGUAAUGUAAAGCCAAAAACAGAAAACUUAAUUCUUUGGAUUGGUGAAUGUAUGUGUUUUGUGCGUAUCUGUGCCAUUUCUAAAAGUUUCAUGUGAGUGACUGAGUUUCAGCUAGAAAGUCAUGUUUAUUAUGCUUCAAUGUGAAAAUGAGUUAAAGUUUUAGAGUUUAAAGAUGUGGUUUCAUGUUAAAAUGUUUUAUAUUGUGGAGAGUUUCUACAUACUGUAACUGCAAAUAGUAUACUGCCGAUAAAUUGUAAAAUAUUUAGAUUAUUGUCACUAACAUUUUCUUAAUUUCAGUGAACUACCAUACCGCCCUUGUUUGUCAUAUUUAUUUUAUACUUCACUUCCUCGCAUGAACUGAAAUCUUCUACAUGUACUGUUUUCCGUACAAAAACAGGGUCCAUGAGGUUUGUGCAUAAAUGUUAUUAUUUUCUGCAUAUUGUUGAGCAUGCGUGCAUCUCAGCUGGAAAUGUUCCUUCCCUUUAAGACAAAUGUCUAAACCAAUUUAUUUUUUACAGGUUGCACUCUUACUAGCCCAUGCAGAUUAUGAAUGAACCCACACAAAUGAGCAAACUUAAAAAUGCUUGCAAACUGUAACUGUUGUAAGGACAUUUGUGUCUUUCCUGGUCCAAACUGUUGUCACUGCCUUUAUGUUCUGAUGUGAAGAGUCCUUUGCUGUUGUAAAACUCGGAAACCUUUGUUCAAAGUGACUCUGUUCUAAGUGGAAAAUGGCAGAUCAAAUAAAGCUUCUAUGCCUA